UUGAGUAACAGACGGAGCGGCAGGACGAGAAAGGUCGUACGCGCGGUGUGCGCGGUUCGGAAUGGAACAGCGUGGGAUCGGUGAGGGAGGUGUGGAAGAGGGGUGAGUACACCUGGGUCGAACGCGCACGAUUGGUGGGGGAAGUCGUUGUCCUCGGGAGUGUUCGUCGCGUGAGUCCGUGAGCGAGCAGUGUCGCCAGUACGACGCGGAACGCGUUCUUGUCGCUAUCGGUGAUUUUUUCGUGUGUAUGUGCGUGUAUUUCGUGUGUGUGUGUGUGUGUGUGGGUGUAUUGAUGCAUGCGCUCGCUCGCGCGGCGUGAUAUCUACUUGUCGCCUUGUUCCGCGAGCGUGUGUCUUCUGUCAAAAUCGUCGUUGCCGCUGACGGCUCAUAUCGACAUGUCAAAAACGAUUGUCCCUUUGGCUCUGUGACACGUGUGCGUGCGUACGUGUGCUGUGUAUGUGCGUGUGUGUCCUGCUGUAUGUGUAUGUAUAUAUACAUGUACGUAUCCUAGAUGCCAGGAUGUGUCAUGCAUGGCGAGCAGCGUCAUGCAGCGGUGAGAGUCGAUGACAUUCUUGGGCUUCAUCAUUCUCGGGCGGUGCGCGUCGUCGGGACGCAGGAUCGCGGCGACGGAGACGCCCGUGAUUAACGGCAGUACUUUUAGAGCAACAACACACAACGGUUAGGCUUGAUCGGCCGUAGGAAAGUGACCGCAGGUGGUAGUCGUCGAAGAAAAACAACAAGGGCAAAAACAAAGAUAACGACGACGACGGCGAAGAGAAGUCGAUCUGCCGUCGAAGGUGAGGCGAGGUGGAGUCCGGUGAAAAAAAGAAGAAAAAAAGAAAGGUUGAAAGCGGUGCGGAAGGGACAUCGUGAGGGAGAAGGAGAGAAAAAAGGCAAUGGUGGUAAUGUUGGAAGUAGUGGUAAAGGAAAGAAAGAGGUCGAAAAGUUGAGUGACCUAUGAUUUAUGAGUAGAUGGUAAGGAAAGGACAACAAGGUGGAGUUACGUAGGCGGAUAAGGAAUAAAAAGAAGACUAUCGAGAAAGGACGGAGAAAUGAUCUUGGUAGGUGACUGGCAAAGUACGAUGAUCGAUUUCUCGACGAAAGGCAGAUAGCGUCACAACUAGUUGUCGCUAGGGCACAAAAUAUCGAGCUCAUGCGCGUUGUGGCCCUAGCUGUGGAUGAGGAGGGAGAGGAAGACGACGAAGAGGAAGAAGACAAAGAGAAGGAGGAGGAAAGAAAGGAGAAGAAAGAGACCGGAGAGCCAACAGCGACGGAACAAAGGAGAUACAAGAGACACCACUGGGUCCACGGGCCUGCGAUGCGCCCCGUGGUAACAACGGUAGUAGGGGAUAAGAAUCGACGGCCUAAUACAGCGUGUUUGAUUUUCUUUGUGCCGUCAUCACCACCGCUGCUACUGUUGUUGCUGUUGCUGCUAUUGCCCACUUGGAUUUUGACGAUCGUCGUCGAUGCGUCGCCCGUUCAUCCCAUUCCAUUGCAUAAAGGCAUUACACUUGGUUCGUACAUUAAGUACUACGAGGCAGCUACAUAUGACACUGCAGCCUUGAGACGACAUCGCAAUCGGAUACGUCGUGAUGUUGCCGAUCCUGUUGACGAGCAACCAUUGAUUUUACAUUUGAAGACACAUGGGAGAUCCUGGACAAUACGCUUAGUUCACGAUGCGAAUUUAUUCAGUAAGGAUGUAUCGUUUGAAGGUACGAACGGGCCAAUAUCCUUCGACACAUCGCAUUCUUACACCGGUACCGUUCUAGAGGAUGAAAGCGCUGUAGUGCAGGGUGUCGUUACUAAAGAGGGUCUUUUUGACGGUAGCGUCAUGACCAGAUUUGAAGAGUAUUACAUAGAGCCGACAAACAGGUAUCUGAAUAAAAAUGAAGACACGUCACCACUAUAUCACAGCAUAGCUUAUCGUACCUCCGAUGUUAUCAUCCCACCUCAUCCAUUAUCGUGUGCUAGUCAUCAAUUGCAUCAAGGAACUUUUCGCAAUUCCGUUGAUAGGUAUAGAUAUAACAAUUCUGAAGAAUUCUACGAGCCUUUGUUCGAACAACAUGAUGGUAUCUUCUUCAAGCGGAACGACGCGGAAGUGUUAACAUCAGAAAAAAAUGACAAUAUUGCAUAUACAGACAUGAUAAAGGGAAGAGAUCGGAUUACGAGGCAUCUGCACAAACGUGCGACGGUAGAUCCCCGGAAAACUACUUGCAUGCUUUAUUUGCAAGGGGACCAUCAAUUUUUCGCGCGAUAUGGCACGGAGGAAGCCUGUAUCGAAGUGAUGACGAGGCAUGUGCAGAGAGUCAACUCUAUUUACAAACACACCGAUUUUAAUCAAGAUGGACAACCGGAUAAUAUUGGUUUUAUGAUAAAACGCAUAAAAGUGCACAGUGAAGACGCAUUGAGAGAUCCUAAUUAUCGUUUUCCGGGCAAUUAUGGCGUAGAAAAAUAUUUGGAACUUUUCUCCGAGGAAGACUAUGACACAUUUUGUCUAGCUUACAUGUUUACAUAUCGGGAUUUCGAGAUGGGAACUUUGGGCUUGGCUUGGACAGGCGAUCUCAAAAAUGCCGGAGGUGUAUGUGAAAAGAACGGACUUUAUCGUGGCAGCAUGAAGUCCUUAAACACCGGCAUAGUUACUUUGUUGAAUUACGGAAAGCAUGUACCACCUGCGGUUUCUCACGUUACUUUAGCUCACGAGAUUGGCCACAAUUUUGGCUCACCACAUGAUCCUGAAGAAUGUACACCGGGUGGCGAGGAUGGCAAUUUUAUAAUGUUCGCCCGUGCUACUAGUGGUGACAAGCGCAACAACAACCGCUUCAGUCCGUGUAGUUUGAAUUCUAUAAAUCCUGUACUGAACAGUAAGGCACGUUCGCUGAAAGGGUGCUUUACCGAUCCGAAAGUAUCGCUGUGUGGCAAUGGCGUUGUAGAAGAAGGGGAAGAAUGCGAUUGCGGUUGGGAGGAAGAUUGCAGAGACUUGUGCUGUUUCCCUCAGCGUCGUUACCAACUGCCCGAGGAGCCCCCGUGCAAACUUACUUCACGCGCCGUGUGCAGCCCUAGUCAAGGUCCGUGCUGUAAUACUGAUUGUACUCUCCGUUUCGGGAAUAAGUGCAGAGAAGACAACGGUUGCCGCGAUGCAAGCUUCUGCAAUGGCCGUUCUCCAAAUUGUCCACCAUCCAAUAAUAAGCCUAAUAAAACUAUAUGCAACAGUGAGCUGGUUUGCUUCAUGGGGGAGUGCACUGGUAGCAUUUGCUUAGCAUAUGGAUUAGAAUCCUGUCAAUGCAUACCAGGUUCAAAUGACUCACCGAUGAAAGCUUGCGAGCUCUGUUGUCGACAUCCUGGUGAAAAUCAACCGUGUCUAUCGUCCUUUGAUUGGAAUUCUCCACCAUAUGAUAUCCCCGAUAUGUUUUCAAAACCGGGCACUCCCUGCAACGAUUACAAUGGUUACUGUGAUGUCUUUAAAAAAUGUCGUGAGGUUGAUCCUAGUGGGCCAUUAGCAACUUUAAGAAAGCUUCUUUUAUCCGAUGAGAGUCUUACCACUUUCAAGCGGUGGGUAGCUGAACAUUGGUAUGCCGCAGCUCUAAUAAUUUUAGCGGCAAUAUCAUUAUUGGUGGUCAGCAUAAGAUUGUUGGGCAAGCGACCGGAUCUGAAAUUAAAGUCUGUUACAAUAAUCCAUAGUUCUACGACGGAAACAGUGCGACUUCCGCCAGAAGGUGCGGAAGGUGUUACUGUGCAUCCGCCAGCGGUGCGUGCUAAACUUCCUCUUAAUAGGAAGGUUCGAGAAAAAAGACGUCAUCGCAAACACAAAAAUGGUAGUCACACCGAUAAAUUUAAUAGGGAUGUUGCGACAAAGAAAAAACAAUCAAAUCAGAUGAAGAAAUCGUCUACUGGUGCAGCGACGGACGAUUUUACGCGCAAGAGGUCAGCCGAAAUUACUCUAGCGGUUACACAGGAAAACAAACGAAAAAAAAUUAUGUCUACGGCCAGAGAUAAAACACAAAGCGGUGAUAAUAACGCUGUUGGUGGCGGUGAUAAUGAUAAACGGAAGCGCAAGAAGCAUCACAGAAAGGAAGUGAUUGAUUAUUCAAUGAUUCAGACAGAAAAAGAUUCUGAACCAAACACUGAUCCUAAAAGUAAAGUGCGUUCUUGGUUAUUGGCAUCCUCACAAUGUAGACUACCAGAGACUGUAAGGACUAAUGCUACCGGUUUGCCAAAAAGCAAGUCAACUCCGGUAGGUUUGACGGCCGGUGGUGGAGGCGGCAUCAGAGCGUCUGUGUCAAAACAAGCACCAUCCGCACGACGUGUUGGCGCAGAAACUAAAGAGUCGAAGAACUUGUCGUCUGGUUCAAACGCCAAGAAGGAACGCGCAAGACUUCAAGUGGUGUAUAAGCCGCCGUUCCGCUUUAGCGUGAAAUUACGCAAGUCUGAUAAAGUAGCGCAAGCUCCGCAGGCAAUUGUUUCAUCAAGUGCCGUGACGACAAAUCAUACUAAUAUCGGUAAAACGGCAGUAGCUAAGCUACCGAGAGCCGGCGUGCUCCUAAGGACGGCAACCAAGAGAAAGGAUAGAGUCAGGAUAGGCAGAGCACGACAAAUUGCCCCUACCGGCAUAGGGAAUGGCGGUGGAGAUCUGCCAGAGCUAGCUAACUCUGACUUGCAUACUGUACCCUCCGAUUUGGAAGUGCUUCUCUCUGAGAGCGAGUUCCUCUUCUCGGACACGUGACCAUGGGUCUCAGUGACGGGCAUGUUUAUUUCACUACACAACUAAGUAAUCUUUUCUAGUACGUUAUAUAAAUUUUUGUUCCUCAGCUCAAGAAUAGCUUCAUUAUAUGAACUUUGUGGAAUGAUAGUUUUGUGUUGAAUCGAUAGCUCAUGCAUGAAAUCAUCUCGUCCAAAAGCGUGAAAGGGAAUAGUCACUGCCUUUGAUAUAUUACUCACUUAUGUUAAAUUUGUUGUAUACCAUUUCGAUAUGUUAUUUCUUCCAACUGCUUACCAACAACCGUGUUAUAUACACUGUAUAUACAGUAUACUCGAGAGCAAAUUUUGCAUCUGCUCUCUUGUUCUUUUAUCUUCAUCUGUAGAGCGAACCGAAAGCAGCAACGUAACACGAUUGCGAUCAUUCACAUGUUCUAUCAGCAAAGCAACGAAUGUUGGUGCGUGAUUGACAAAUGGAAUUUACAAUUCUAUGGUAAAUUUACGGAAGUACCGAUGACAGUUAGACGAUCAAGCCAGUUCUCUUCUUCCAAAGAAAGGGGCCAAAUCCAUUGUUCAAGAAUGACUGCCGCUGACUUGCAUAAGUGCUAAUUUAUGUAUUCUUGUAUACCGAAAUACUACGAAGCAGUCUUACGUCUCGCUAUUGGUUUUUAAUCGCAGCUUUAAAUUUCAGGGAUCAGUGCGCAACCAUUGCAAUUUCGAAACGCAAAAUGCUGUAUUUUGAGAGUGAAAGUAAAAUACUUUAUCUCUAAUCUCUUUAUACCGUGCCUACUGUUACUAUAUUCUUUUUUUUGACUCUUAAGAAAGAUAAAUGUCUAAACAAGAAAAUAAAAUUUUCUUUUCUAGGACGAUAUACAUAAUAUUGGUCGUGAAUAGAUGACGAACGGUAAAUUGUAUCGGUGAAUUCUCUUCAUUUAUUUGUCGCUUUUCUCCACAUUAUAGCCUUAGUUAUGAUGUAAUCCUAAUAUA